ACACCAAAAAGCAUAACCAAUCUGUGAAAUGCGGGAAUGUGAAGUUAAUACAAAAAUCAUGCUCAAGAAAUCCCUUUCUUCUGGCAUUGUUACUUCCUUUGUUAACAAGCUUGGAACCGGCCAAUCUACUAUAAACUCAAAUCUGAUAACUUUUGGUGGGAUGAAUUCCAUCUCGGUUCAUAACUUCCCGUUCUUAACAUGGCUUCUCGUCUGCGUGCUUCUGACAAUGGAACAGCAACAAAGGUGAAGCUAUUUGGCCGUGGCCAAAGGUCAAUUCAUGAUGCUCUAGGAGGUGGCAAAGCUGCUGAUUUGUUGUUAUGGAGGAAGAAAAGAGUUGCAGGUGCCGUUCUAGCUGGAGUUGCAGUUGUGUGGUAUCUGUUUGAGGUUGUUGAAUACAACUUCAUAACUCUGCUCUGCCAUGUCUUGAUCACUUCAAUGUUAGCAUUGUUCAUUUGGUCUACAGCGGCAAACUUCUUCCAAUGGACUCCUCCAAACAUUCCCAAAACCGUAUUGAAAGAGUCCACAUUUACAGAAGUUGCUUCAACCUUCCACUCAAAAUUUAACCAGAUUUUAUCCGAACUUCUUCGUGUAGCCUGUGGAAAUGAACCAAAGCUCUUCUUUCUGGGAUUGAUUUCUCUCUGGAUCCUCGGAGUAAUAGGGAAUUAUAUAAGCACCUUGAACCUCCUGUUUUUCAGCAUACUCUGUGCGGAAACCCUACCAUUCCUCUACGAGCAAUACGAGGAAGAAGCAGAUAAUCUUGCUGGUAAACUGUACAAACAGAUGAGGAGCACAUAUAGGAAAGUUGAAGCUGAUGUUCUUGCAAAAAUACCUAGAGGACCAGUGAAGGAGAAAAAGGAGACCUAGUAUGGGAAGACACAAUUUGAGUGAAUUUUCCAACUGUUCUCCAAUUGGAGUUCCACAUCACCACAAAGCGAAGUGUACAUAAUUGGUUUAUGUAUUGCGUCCAUGAAAGUUAUUUGCUGAGACGGACCAACAUACAAUAUAAUGACAUGCAAUACAAGCAUGCCAAAACCAUAAGUAUUACUGUGUUAUAAGGCUUUUAGUUGCAGAAGAUAGAAUGUUUAUCAAUUCACAAAAGGGUGCAAGAAAAUAUCUUUUCAAAUUGGCAUAGAAGAUUUUGCGUAAUGUUUGAUGAAUUAAGACCUGGUGCAAUUUUCAA